AUGAUAUCACGAGCUUCGCACUGGCUGAGCAGAGCAGCUAGACUUCAGGCUGUAAGGUUAAAGUCGGGCUCCAGCGUGCCGCAAAAGGCCGAAUCGCUGGAAGACUUGCUCUACCUCAAUCCUCACAAGUGGGAGGGACUCCCAGCAGACCGUAUUUUCGAGUUACACAGGCUUCGGAAGACUAAGUUAGGCGAGAAGUAUGCGCCCACUGACAGUGAAAGACUGGCAGUUUUGAAGACGUUUGCUCUGUUGAAGGGCAAAGUGAGACCCCAGUUGGAGUAUGUGUACGAAGUAGAUCACUUCAAGGAAAGAUUAUUGAACAACGUGGUGAGGCCGCCUGUUCCACAGCAAGCUAACAGAGACGUGCGUCCUAGUGGCGAAGAGCCCCAUUUGCGCCGUAAAUUUGAGCAGCUUCAUGCCAUCAGCGCCCAUGAGAUGCCCCUCUUGGCUAAGUACCGCCAGGAAUAUAAGCCACGGGCAGCACUGGAAACGCCGCUUCAAUUGAAGUUCUUCACAGAUUUGUCCGACGAUAUGCUGUCUCCUGAAAAUAGAAAGGUGGCGUUGAAUGUGGCGCUUGAAGACUUGGGGCUCAGCGAGAAGCAGGCCCACAAGUUCAAAGUUUUGGCUGGCAACAAGUUCAACCAUAAGAACAACGUGUUUCACAUGAAAACUGCCCGCUAUGGCGUGGCUACGCAAAAUGCCAAAUGGCUAGUAGAGACAUUUAACAAGCUUUUGGCUGAGAGCAAGGACUUGUCGAAGGAACUGCUCGAAGAUAUCCCAGUGAACACACAUCACUGCCCACCCAGAAAGUCACAACCACAGUUUCCUGAGGAGUGGAAAAGACCUCAGGACGCUCCCGUGGAGAAGAACCGUAUCCUGAGCAAGGUGAUCGACAUGGUGAUUGCCCAAAAGGAUCAGGAAUAUCUCAAAGAGCUCACCCCAUAA